CCGGGGGAAAGCCAGAGGGAGAUUUUGCGCAAGUUCUCUCCAAGCGUUAGCUCGCGGACUCCGCUUCCGAGAGUUUGGUCACGCUGGUCUGGAGUGCGGAGAGAGUGGAGUUUAGUGUCACUGAAGAGCUCCGGCUUUUGUCAGCUCAGAAGCCUGUGGAUUAAGAUGUACAGAAAGUAACUGAUAUUCUCAGUUUGGAAUAGGUAUGAGUGAUUUCAGUGAAGAAUUGGUAAGGCCCACGACAGAAGAUGAACAGGGGGAAACGUGUGUGCUCUCUGGUACAGGAAUGUGUUUUCCUUGGCUCCAAAAGCAUAUAGAAACUGUGGCAACUGGAGGAAAGAGGGAGAAGGAUUUUGCUCAGACAACAAGUGCUUGUUUAAGUUUUAUCCAAGAAGCUCUGCUGAAGCACCAGUGGCAGCAAGCUGCGGAAUACAUGCACAGUUACUUGCAGAUCUUGGAAGAUUCAGAUAGCAACAAAAGGCAGGGCGCGCCCGAGAUUAUUUGGAGGCUUGGAAGUGAAAUUCUGUAUUAUCACCCCAAAAGCAGCCUGGAGACUUUCAAUACCUUUGCAGACCGGAUGAAAAAUAUUGGUGUCAUGAAUUACUUGAAGAUCUCCUUACAGCAUGCAUUAUACCUUCUGCACCAUGGGUUGCUUGAGGAUGCGAACAGAAAUCUCAGCCAGGCGGAGACGUGGAGAUACGGUGAAAAGUCGUCUUCCAAGGAAGUGUUAAUCAACCUUAUUCAGGCUUAUAAAGGGCUUUUGCAGUAUUAUACUUGGUCUAAAAAGAAGAUGGAAUUGUCUCAGCUCGAUGAAGAUGAUUAUGCUUAUAAUACAGCAUCCCAGAAUAUGCUCAACCACAGCUGGAAGACGUCUAUAAACCUUUGUGCACUGAUUCAAAUUCCUGGAGUUUGGGACCCUUUUGUGAAGAGUUAUGUAGAGAUGCUGGAGUUCUAUGGGGAUCAAGAUGGAGCCCGAGAGGUGCUCACCAAUUACGCCUAUGAUGAGAAGUUCCCAUCCAAUCCAAAUGCUCAUAUCUACUUGUAUGGCUUCCUAAAGAGAGAGAAGGCACCAAGAGAGAAACUGAUAAGUGUGCUUAAGAUUUUGUAUCAGAUUGUACCAUCUCAUAAACUGAUGUUAGAAUUCCAUAGAUUACUGAGAAAAUCAGAGAAGGAAGAACACCAUAAACUGGGGUUGGAGGUGUUAUUUGGAGUCUUGGAUUUUGCUGGAUGCACUAAAAACAUAACUGCUUGGAAAUAUUUGGCAAAGUAUCUCAGACAGACUUUAAUGGGGAGUCAUCUUGCCUGGGUUCAAGAAGAGUGGAACUCCAGGAAAAACUGGUGGCCAAGGUUUCACUUCAGUUACUUUUGGGCAAAAAGUGAUUGGAAGGAUGAUAAAACUUUGGCUUGUGAGAAAGCUUUGGUAGCUGGGAUAUUGUUAGGAAAAGGUUGUAGAUAUUUUCGGUAUAUUAAAAAACAAGAUCACCAAGUCUUACAGAAGAAAAUUAAGCAGAUGAAGAAAUCAGUGAAAAAGUACAGCAUUGUCAAUCCAAGCCUCUGAUACUGAAUUCUAGUUAUUUCAGAUUAGUAGCUACGGAGUACUAACUCAGUCGAUAAUUUUAAAUGUAUUUAUUUAUUUGGUUUUCAGACAAGAUCGGGCGGGUUCAGGGUGGUAUGGCUGUAGACUAUUUGGUGUUUUAGGAAGGGAGUUGAUUUGGCUACAAAAAAGUUAUUUUUACAAUUUUUAAUUUUUUUUUUUUACUAUCAGCUGGAACUAGAGAAACAACCUCACUGCCUUUGCUCUUUGUAAAUAUAUAUUUUUCCUUUUUUGUACUGUUGAAUGUAAUAUUUAUUAAAGAGGCAUAAUCUUCCAAUAGAAGUAUAUUUGUUCAAUGAGAGAAUACAGCUCUACAGAAGUUAUUGCUGAGUGCAGGUAAUUUGCCUCUGAUAAUUAUAUAAUAAAAUAUAACUCGUGGUACUCAUA